AUGUCCUCGAAGCAGUGCUUCUAUGAAAGCACGCCCCAGCUGGUGCCCUGCAUUUUCGAGUAUGUCUACUUCGCUCGACCCGACUCUGUUAUGGAUGGGGUGUCCGUUUACGAGUCGAGAGUCCGGAUGGGUCGAAGCCUCGCCCGCCGCGUGCAACAGGUGACGGAUUGGCGGGAGAUCGAUGUGGUGAUUCCUAUCCCUGACACCUCCCGGACCACGGCCAUUGAGACUGCCUACAUUCUGCAGCGACCUUUGCGAGAGGCCUUCCAGAAGAACAGGUACAUUGCCCGGACCUUCAUCAUGCCUGGACAACAGAAGCGAAGGAAGACCAUGCGGCUCAAGCUCAACACCAUCCGCAGCGAGUUCAAGGGGAAGAAGGCGGGCAGUUUGACUCCACAAUUCUGUCUACACUUGCAGCCGUCUUCCUGCCUGCCUGACUGGUUCUCGCAACUCCUGCUAUGUCUAAUCGGAUGA